CUGUUCAUGUGCAUCUGCAAGAUCUAAAGCAGCUGCCAACCGACUACUAAACUUGAAUAGCCGCUAGCGUGAUCUCUACUGAGCCUACGGACUCUAACUCCGAGCCACCUAGCACUAAUGCAACGCAACACUAAUCAAAGCGCCCGUUUGCUCAUCUCUUUCCAGAUAACUAAAAUGAAACCUACAACAAAGAGAAGGCCGUAUGCAUCAAGCGACCAACCACCGCCGCCAGACGAGCCGCAAAGGCCGCCACCCUUCCGGCCACCCCCGGAAGCACGACCACGAGUGCACCCGAAUACGACAAUAUUGCACGCUAUAAACACCGACGACCCCGGGUCAGCUGCUCGAACUCGUCCCCGGGUACCCAGACAGCCCCCGGAGCGCUGCGUCAUCCAAGCCUCCACCCGAAGUCGGUCGGCCACAGAACCAGCGGUAUGGGAAACAUUGCCACGGCAGACGCCGCUUAGCACCAACGCCCGGAAGCUCCCGACCACCAGGCGAGCACCAACGCCACGGGAAGCCGACCACAAAGCCGAUGCAGCGACAGAACCGCGCGCCGCCCAGACAUCGACGCACCCAGCGAAGGCCCAGGUAACGCACUCAGCCACACAAAGCGACCUGACGACGGCAGCCCCACUCCAACUCGGCCGGCGAGGCACGGCGAAGAGUGCCGCCAGGACGGAAGCCCGUACCGCGGAGCCACUCGCCGAAAGGGUGCAAGAGGUGCCCGCCACAACAACGCCGGCAUGCUCGAACGGCGAUGGGGCGUCUGUCCUAGCACUUGCCAAGACCAACGUCGGGACGACGCCGCGUCCCCCACAAGCGACACGCCCAACCGUCGAGAUCAGCGCACGACCAGCCACGCAUAAAACCUAUGCCAGCAAACCAUCAGACGGCUCAAACAACGGCGACACCAAGCCCCAUGGCCGAGAUCAGCACACUACCAACCCCGCCUAUCACGGCGGCCGAAGAAGCGACACCGGUAAGCGAGAUUCCAGGGUUCUUGGAAGGGCUGGUGAUGACGAGACAACACUUCAUCGAGCGCUCCAGACGAACGCUGUUCUUCCGAGGCCGACGGUUGGCCCUACAAAAACUAGAAGGCGACCAGGUAUUGGUGCGGUACGGCGGUGGACGAUGCAUCCUACCUUUGUAUGAUUAAAACCAGAAAUUUUGAUUGCAUUAGUUAAAGAUCAAUUCACUAAUUUGUAUGAUUAAAACCAGAAAUUUUGAUUUCAUUAGUUAAGGAUCAAUUCACUAAUUUGUAUGAUUAAACCCAGAAAUUUUGAUUGUAUUAGUCUAAGGAUCAAUUCACGAAUUUGUAAAUAUAAUAAAUUUAUAUAAAUUUUAAUUGUAUUAGCUUAAGGAUCAAUGUAUGAAUUUUGUUACGACUAAGCCAAUGAAUUUUAAUUGUAUUAGUAAUAUAUAGGUGUCACUAGGUGUAAGUACGCCUAAUCGUAGGAUAAGACACCCUGUACCAUAAGUUACGAAUUUAUUACUAAAUAAAGAUUUCACACCCGCUCCCCGUUCACGGCUCACGCCAACUAAGACAGCCAGCCAGCCUCCAGCCGAACCAUCGUGGGAGAUCUCCUCCCACCUGCCGCCAGCGAAGGAUCAUUGUCCGAAGUGAGGGGGGGACUGUAACGUGGCUUUUGCCACCUUCCAAUAAGUUACGUCAACUUCGCCCCACAGUACACCAUGUACCCGCACCAUACGCACACAACGUACCUCACUACGAUGGUGAACGCCGCUAGAGCCUUCCACCACCGACCCACACCAUACGCCUUGCAUCAUGUACCCGCACCAUACGCACACAACGAUGCUGAACCCCGCUAGAGCUUUCCACCAUACGUCCUAAUGCACCAUACGCAUACUCACCUCGCUACCGCGACGAAAGCUGCGCUGUGCUUGCUAUAUAAGCAAGCACUUCGCACUGAGUGCGCUCAUUUGCUCCAGUUCGCCGAAUCGGACGGUCACCGGGAACAGCAGUAGGCAGCGGGAAGUCAACGCCGGCUCAUCAAUCCCGUUCGUUUCAUCACCGUGCCCGCUGCAACAAGCGCCAACGCUGGCUCAUCAAUUCCGUUCAUUUUCAUCACCGCGCCAGCUUCAACAAGCGUCAACGCCGGCUCAUCAAUCCCGUUCGUUUCAUCACCGUGCCCGCUGCAACAAGCGUCAACGCCGGCUCAUCAAUCCCGUUCGUUUUCAUCAUCGUGCCAGCUUCACUAAGCGUUAACGCUGGCUCAUCAAUUCCGUUCGUUUUCAUCACCGUGCCAGCUUCAAUAAGCGUCAACGCCGGCUCAUCAAUCCCGUUCGUUUCAUCACC